GCCGCUACCAUUCCAAAACUAGCUAUGAACAGAACGCUCGUCACUUCCUGCUCUCUGUGUGCGUCUCUAAAACUAUCCCCUGUCUAUUUGGGAAAUCCUCUAAGUCUAUUCAAUGAUAUUUAUCUCAGCUGGGGAGCACAGAGGAAUAUUACACAGAGAACAUCCAUCCAUAAGAAAUACAAAACUUUAUUGACAAGCGUUUGAAGGAACAGUGACAGGCCGGCUGCUGGUGUAGGCCGUCAUACAUGUAAUAAGACGGGAGAAGGCGCGGGCUGUGUUGGCCGCCGGAGACGGCAGUGGCGUUCCUCUCGCAAGUUAUCCGUGUUCCCGCCAAGAUGAGCCUGUGUGGGAAGGAACUGUCCAACCUACUGGGUAUAAUGACGGAGGAGGCGUGCAGUAACACAUUCGAGGGCCUUUCAGCCGCCUUCCAUCACUACUUCUCCAAAGCAGACCAUUUCCGUGUGGGUUCCGUGCUAGUCAUGCUUCUGCAGCAGCCAGACCUACUGCCCAGUGUCCCGCAGCGCCUCACCGCGCUUUACCUGCUCUGGGAGAUGUACCGCACCGAGCCGCUUGCCGCAAACCCCUUCGCUGCAGUCUUCGCCCACCUGCUCAACCCACCGCCUCCUUCUGUAGAGGAGAUAGAGAGACCCCUGUCAGGAUUUCUGCCGCCAAUUACUCCACCAGAAAAAUUUUUCCUCUCACAGUUGAUGUUGGCACCUCCAAGGGAGCUAUUUAAAAAGACACCCCGCCAGAUUGCUGUGAUGGAUGUGACCAGUUUGGCUCAGCCAGUGGACAUCAGUGGACUACAGCUAGCUCUUGCCGAGCGCCAGUCUGAGCUCCCAACACAAAGCAAAGCCAGCUUCCCCAGUAUUCUAAGUGAUCCGGACCCAGAUUCUUCCAAUUCUGGCUUUGACAGUUCUGUUGCAUCACAAAUAAUAGAAGCUUUAGUCAGUGGUCCAAAACCGCCAAUUGAAAGCCACUUUCGUCCAGAGUUUAUCCGUCCCCCACCUCCACUUCAUGUUUGUGAGGAUGAGUUAGCUUGGCUCAAUCUUAUUGAACCAGAUCAUGCUGUUAAAUGGGACCGAUCCAUGUGCGUGAAGAACAGCACUGGAGUGGAAAUUAAGAGGAUUAUGGCUAAGGCUUUUAAAAGCCCACUUUCUUCCCCUCAGCAAACUCAGCUUCUCGGGGAAAUAGAAAAAGACCCUAAGUUGGUGUAUCACAUUGGCCUCACUCCUGCCAAGCUUCCAGAUUUGGUAGAAAACAAUCCAUUGGUUGCUAUUGAAAUGCUGCUCAAGUUAAUGCAAUCAAGUCAAAUAACUGAAUACUUCUCAGUGCUUGUCAACAUGGAUAUGUCUUUACAUUCCAUGGAAGUUGUCAAUAGACUAACAACAGCAGUGGAUCUUCCUCCUGAGUUCAUUCACCUUUACAUCUCAAACUGUAUAUCCACAUGUGAGCAGAUUAAGGACAAGUAUAUGCAGAAUCGGUUGGUGCGACUAGUUUGUGUUUUCCUCCAGUCGUUGAUUCGAAACAAGAUAAUCAACGUGCAGGACUUGUUCAUAGAGGUGCAGGCUUUCUGUAUAGAGUUCAGCAGAAUCCGGGAAGCAGCCGGCUUGUUCAGGUUGUUGAAAACAUUGGACACUGGAGAAAACCCUUCAGAGGCAAAGCCUUCAAAAUAAGAUGUUGCAUUCUCGUUACCUUUGUAAAGGAACUGCUUUCUGUAGCUGGAGUCUUGUAAAUUACAGUUUUUUUAAUUUUUAGUUGUACGCAUUUUGAUGUACUGUCCUCAGGGCAUGGUGUAUUGCUACAGCAUAGAAGCAUUUUAUGCCCAUUAAAUAGUUUUUUCAAUUGUAUACACGUUAGCACAAUCCCAAAAAUACUUCUAAAUAUUUAAAUUUGUAAAUAUUCUGUGACUAUUUGUUGGCUGGUUUGAUCUACAUUUCCAUAACUAAUAAGUGUUGGAAUAAAAGAUGAUCUUCUGAUGCCCUUACAGAACUAUGGAAGUGCUCUCCUGCCAGAAAGGAACAAUGUUAUUUGCAGGCAAAUCAUUGCACUUCUUAAAGCUAUGCUCAAAGUUUUGACUUUUUUUUUUUUUUUUUCUUUAAUGGAUACUUGCUUGAAGGUAUCCGGCCAUUGCUGAUUUUACAUUUGCUGGACUGUUUGGGGCACAAUAGGUAUGAAGGGCCAUGCCUGAAUCUUGUAGGCUGCUGUCAUUUCACUCUGCGAGCUGACGCCCUAUUGUACAGGUAUUGAAAAGAUUGUUUAAAAAAAGAAAAUUACGAGCUGAAAAAAAGUUUAUUCAUGUGGUAUGACAUUGGUCUGUUUUCUUUUGCCCCACUAGGAAUUUUUCUCAUGGGUAAGUGGAUCCAUUCUGCCCCAAGUACUUACCCACAGACACAGUUUCAUGGGAGUUAUAUGUAGCAGUCACAGUUUGUACUACAGGUGAACAGUGACUGCUGCCUGCCAAUUGGUUGCCACAGGCUAUAAGACCUCCUUGGAAAAUGACUUAAUUCUCCUAAUUUCUGCUCCCAAGCUGUUCUCUUCAGUGUUCUUACAUAGAGGUACAUUUAUACUGUGCUGAUUGUGUGCGUGGUGUAAAUCCGUAUCAAUAAUAAAUCUGUCGUUUAGGGUC